CGCCGCCCUCUCUUCCGGAAGACGUCGCGCGCGCUCUCUUUCUCUGCGCUCCGCCAUUGCGGCCUCGAGACCGCGAACCCUUCAACAGUCGCUCCUCGCUCCCUCUUCAAUCUCUCUCAUUCAUUCACUCUCUCUCAUUCUCUCAUUCAUUCACUCUCUCGUUCUCUCGUUCAUUCUCUCUCUCGUUCUCUCUCUCUCUCGUUCAUUCUCUCUCUCAUUCACACUCCACUCCAAAUCCCAAUCCCUCUCUCGUCUCAAUCCCUCGUUUUUGUUCCUCAUUCCCACCCUCCCUCUCACUCAUUCUCUCUCACUCAUUCCCACCCUCUCAUUUAUCCUCUCCCUCUCAUCCCCUCUAACUCAUUCCCUCUCCACCUCAUUCCCUCUCCCUGCACCCCCCCCCCCCUCUCUGAUUCUCGCUCGAGUCGCGAGUCUCCCGGCCUCGCCAUGUUCGCCAACAACAGGAACCGCAAGCGCCGUGGAGGCAGUGGAGGAGGAGGAGGAGGAGGUGGAGGUGGUGGGGGAGGCUUCUACGAGGCGUCGGGGUCCUCGCGAAAUUACGACACGGACGGCAACGACCUCAGCAGCGGCGGCGGCAACUUCUCCUCCUCCUCGUCUUACUCCACGUUCCAGGGCUCCGGUGGCGGCGGUGGUGGUGGUGGCGGCGGUGGCGGAGGAGGAGGCUCCUCGUCCCAGCGCGGCCCGGGGCCGUCGGGGCCGCCGGGUCUGCGUGCGGCAGAGCGCGAGUUCUCCCAGCGCUGCCGACUCUUCGUGGGCAACUUGCCCAGCGACACCGGGGAGGCCGACUUCCUGGCGCUCUUCCGGCGCUAUGGGGACGCGGCCGAGGCCUUCGUCAGCAAGGGCAAGGGCUUCGGAUUCAUCCGCCUGCGUACGAGGAUGCUGGCCGAGAUGGCCAAGGCUGAGUUGGACGGGACGAUCGUGCGGAGCCGCGAGCUUCGCGUGAGGUUCGCGACGCACAGCGGCGCCCUCCGAGUGCGCAACCUCUCCCCACAGGUCACCAACGAGCUGCUCGAGGAGGCCUUCUCUGUAUUUGGCCAGCUGGAGCGUGCCAUCGUGAUCGUCGACGACCGUGGGCGCUCCACGGGGAGAGGCAUCGUGGAGUUCGCCUCCAAGCAGAGCGCCAAGAAAGCGCUCGACCGCUGCAGAGAGAGCAACUAUCUACUCACCUCGUCUCUGCGCCCGGUGCUUGUGGAGCCCCUGGAGCAUCUGGAUGAAGAUGGAAUCCUCGACAAACACCUCCAGAAGCACCCCCAGUAUUCCAAGGAGAGGGAGUGUGCCCCACGCUUUGCCCAGCCCGGCACGUUUGAGUACGAGUACGCGAUGCGCUGGAAGGCGCUGGAGCAGAUGGAGCGGCAGCAGAAGGAGACGGUGGAGCUGAACGUGCGCGAGGCGGCCGAGCGGCUGGAGCUCGACGUGGAGGGCGCCCACGUGGAGCACCAGGCCAUGCUGAUGAGGCAGGACUUGAUGCGCCGUGAGGAGGAGCUGAGACGAUUUGAGGAAAUGAGAAACUCGGAGGCACAGAAACGCAAGAUGAUGGAGAUGAGGUACGAGGAGGAGCGUAAACGCCGUGAGGAGGAGCUGCUGAAGAAGCAGAAGGAACAGGAAGAGCGAUUCAGAGCCAAGUUUGCAGAGCACGGGGUCCAGCAGCCAAGGGAACAAGUUCCUGGAAUGAAUCAAGGAAGACAGGAGGGCUUUGUGGGCGGGGGAGGAGGGGGGGGGCUGCCCGGUAACCACGGCAACCAGCCAGGCUUCAACAUCAACUUCGGGCAGUUCGCCAACCCCCAGGUUCCCCAGAUGGGAGUGAACCCAGGCUUUGGACCCAGAGCCGAUUCCACGGAGUUUGAAGCUAAAAGAGCUCGAUUCUGAGACUGAACACAGACACACACAGACACACUGAUACACACACAAACACACUGAUACACAGACACACUGAUACACAGAUACUCACACAGACACACUGAUACUCACAUAGACACACAUACACUGAUAUACAGAUACAGACAAACGGAUACACAAGACACGGAUACCCAUAUACACAGAUACUCACAUAGACACACUGAUACAUACACAGACACACUGAUACAUACACAGACACACUGAUACUCACACAGAGACUUUCACAUAAAGUCAGACACUGAGACGUAGACACACAGACUGGCAGAGCCCAAGACACCGAAACUCGAUGAUACACAAUGAGCACCCUUUAUCACACCCUCCCACACUCACACACACACCCUCCAACACACUGAAUCACACACACACCCUCCCACACUCACACCCUCCCACACUCUGACCCUCACACACACCCUCCCACACACUGAAUCACACACAUUCAGACUCUCACACACACCCUCCCACACUCUGCAUCACACACACAAUGACCUGGGCUUGAUAUUUGACCCCCUUUUUUACAGUAGUGCAGUAGUGUAUUCCCUGAUCCCACCACCCCAAUCCGCGACCUUUAACCUGAAUGUGCCCCUCCCCCACCUUGCCUCGUGACCUAAUGACCCAAUCACCCAGCCCAUGACCCAGCCACCUAAUGACCCAAUCACCCAGCCCAUGAACCCAGCCACCUAAUGACCCAAUCGCCCAGCCCAUGAACCCAGCCACCUAAUGACCCAAUCACCCAGCCCAUGAACCCAGCCACCUAAUGUCCCAAUCACCCAGCCCAUGAACCCAGCCACCUAAUGUCCCAAUCACCCAGCCCAUGAACCCAGCCACCUAAUGUCCCAAUCACCCAGCCCAUGAACCCAGCCACCUAAUGUCCCAAUCACCCAGCCCAUGAACCCAGCCACCUAAUGACCCAAUCACCCAGCCCAUAAACCCAGCUACCUAAUGACCCAAUCACCCAGCCCAUGACCCAGCCACCUAAUGUCCCAAUCACCCAGCCCAUGAACCCAGCUACCUAAUGACCCAAUCACCCAGCCCAUGAACCCAGCCACCUAAUGUCCCAAUCACCCAGCAGUGACAUAACUUAGCCUCGUGACCCAAUUACUCGACCAGUAACUUAAUGACUCAUUAGUGAACUGAUCACAUCUCUCCCGGGCGCAGCGCCGGGGAGCUCGGUUGCAUGCAACCGGAUCAUUUUGCCGCAGUCGGUUGCGCAACUCUGUUUGCCUGCAACCGAGUGUGUGUGGAUGUCCGCCACGCCGGUUGCUCACGCGUGGAGCGAAGGCCUCGCCAAUCAUGUUGGUGGCGGGCUGGGUGGGUGGGUUGGUGGCGGGCUGGGUGGAUGGUGGGUGGGGUGGGUGGGGGGCACACGCGUUGCAUCCACAACUCCCCUUGUUGCGUGCAACUUGUUGCGUGCAACUUAUUGCUCGGAUGCGGACAGGGCCAGGGCCUUCAAGGGCAGUUGCGUUCGAGAUGACAUUUGCUAGUCGUCGGGAGUUUCCGAUUAGCGUUUGUCAACCGCGUCACUCUUAAGAUGAUCACGCUUAUUAACAAUGAUCGCCACUCUUGUUGUUGAGCCCAGGAAAGACGCUUUGGGAUUCCCAGAGGGCCCAUAAGGGUGGCACAGCAGUCCUGGUUGUGGAGAUCCAACUCGAACUUGUCUCUUGUGUGGAGUCUGUACAUCCUCUUCCCCCUGUUCCGCGUGGGUUUCAGACUCUGAAGUUUCUCCCCCCUUUGCUAAAAUCAUUUCUAAAGCUCCCAACGCUGUGGCCAAAACAUCAUCCCAACAAAGUUCCUGCAAACUGCUCAAUUGGGAUUAAGCAGCAGCAUCGGCAAGGCCCUCCUGAAAAGCUGUGCUGACACUCUGGUGAGGCUUUCCUGGGUAAACGAAUCGAAUAAUCGUCGACGUUGUGAGUGGCCGCGUGUGCUUGGCCUGCCGCCGCGUCCCUCUAGCCUCGCGAAGCGGUCUCGAAGUGGCUCUGUGGGCGCGUGGUGUCAGCUCGGUGAGGUCCAGGGGGGUUCCAGAUUGGAGCUUUUGAGGUUGUAUUAGUUUGAGCUCGAGUUUGGUAACUUAUGCGUGUACGCAAACUCUUUGGUUCUUUCGGUAAAGUCACGUGGGUAGAAAUAAAAGAAAUCGCAACACGAGCCUGAUGACGCUCGCUCGUGUUGCGAUCGAAACGUCGCGAUUUACUUGAUUUCCACCCACGUGACUUUACCGAAAGAACCAAAGACGAUGGAUUCCGGCCGUCACGAAAGCUUCACAUCCUCAAGUGUGCGCGUAUGUUGGACUCCUUUCGUACCACCGGUCGUAGCCAACCCUGCUCAUCGGAGUUGCCAGGGAAGGACACCAAACUAAACACAACAAUCGGCGGUUCUGAAGAAAUUAAUUGGUAACGUAACUGCGUGGGGGAUGGAGAGAGGGGGGGGGGGGGACAAAAAAAAACGCUACGGGAGGGUUUCCGAUCGACACGAACUCGUCGUUUUUCACCGAGACGAAACAGGCCCACGUGGAAUCCACAGUUCGGAGGUCGCCCGCUUGAUUCCAUCUUUCUAUUUGACCAGGCUUCAAAUCUAGAAUGAGGCCCACUGAGCCAUGCAGCUCUGAGAAGCAAUCCGGCCUCGAAUGAUAGCUGGACCCCAAGUGGCUUGUGGAAAUGCAUUGCGGUCAAAUACCCUCCAGAUUUAGACUAAACGGGCGUUUAGGGUUUUUUUUUUGCUGCCAAUGUUCACGUGACAAGCUGCUUCAUCGAGAUAUCGUUCGUGAUCGCCUGCUUGCUGCAUCGCUCGGUGAGGCUGACCUGGUGAAAUGAUAGUUGGGUUUUUAACGAGCGAUGUUCGCCGUGUGACAAAUCGAACCGAUAAAAUAAUUUUAAGAAGUGGAAUUUCGCCCAAGUGGGGAACCAACUCUGGUUUGUGAUGGAUGUGCAGUCAUUGGAAUGGGGCUUUUGGGGGGUAUUGGGAAGGAACUGCAUUCACAUCGGGCCCCCCCCCACAGCUGUCUCGCCCAGGGCCCCCCUCAAAGUGGAACCCAGCCCUGGGCAGGCCAAGCAGAGGUGGUGGGAACGCAGCCCCAAGUCCCCUUCUUCACCCCUUGUGGCCCUGUGCUCGUGCAGUGCUGUUUGUAGUGUGUCAGCCCGGUUUUUGUAAUAGCCAAUAAAAAUACUCGGUAGAG